AUAUAUAAUUUAUGAAUUGGUAAGUUCACUUAACAAUAUCGAACAUUUUUGUAUUUUAACAACUGGCCACAAAAAGUCUUAAUUUUUACCUCUGGAAAAAUAUAUAUUUAUAUUUAAAAUUUUUAAAUAUAUUUAAUUCUAUUUAAGAAAACCGUGUGACCGUUCUAUAGAAAACCCAUAACCCUUCUUUUUUCGUUGGUAUUUUCUCUAAAGAAACGAGCAAAAGUCGUUUGUUAUGGUUCUUCUUCUUCCCGAAAACCAAAUAAUAAUAAAAGCGAAUUUUAGACUUUAAUGCCUAUUAUAACAUGGCCCAUAAGGAGAUGACGAUCCACAGAUACUACAGCCGGAAAGCCAAAUAUGCCGGUUACGCGGAGGCGGAUCUGGAGCUGUGCAUUAGGCACUGCGGCGGGGACGUGGUGCGCAUUGAAUUGGUGAACCGGCUGCAUGGCACCGAGCUUCGGAGGCAGUUACGCAGGUUACUGCUUCUAGUGUUCCUGGCCACCGCCUACUUUGUGGGAGUUUGCGGUCUUUGGAGCCGGAACAUUGGUCUCUGGCAGCCCCGCAUUAUUUAUCCCCUUGUUACCUGGGCUUUGGUAGCAAUUCUAAUGCUCCGCUCCACUCUAAACCUGGUGCACAUUGAGCGGCUCUUUUACAGCUGGGACAUGGCGUUGCAAACGGAGACGGUGCGAUCAUUCGGGAGGCAAUCGGUGCUCUGCGUCCAGCGGGGGCAGAUCCAUGACAUAGUGCUGAACGAAGUAAUAGAAGAUUUGGAUGUGAAGUACAUGUUAAUUUUACGGACUAAAGGAAGUCUGUUCAAGAAGAGUCCUGUAAUACCAUUAUUCAACAGCCAAUCCCCCUCGUUCGAGUGCCUCCAGCACAUCCAUAGGGUGCUACAUGGUUACUGGCUGAAUAGUACCAAGGAUCGAUCGGAACAGUCCUACAACCAGGACAAGUUAGCCGUGGUGGCCUCGUAG